UUGGAAGACAUGUCGCUGCGCGGCACAACUGGGGACAACAGCAGCUUUGUGGCGGGGCAGGAGAGGGGGAAGGAGAAUGAGGAGGGGGAGGCGAAAGGGGAGGAGGAUGAGGUGACGGAGGAGGAGGAGGAGGAGGAGGAGGAGGGAGGAGGAGGAGGAGGAGGAGGAGGAGGAGGAGGAGGAGGAGGAGGAGGAGGAGAAGGAGGAGGAGGAGGAGGAGGAGGAGGAGGAGGAGGAGGGAGGAGGAGGAGGAGGAGGAGGAGGAGGAGGAGGAGGAGGAGGAGGAGAAGGAGGAGGAGGAGGAGGAGGAGGAGGAGGAGGAGGAGGAGGAGGAGGAGGAGGAGGAGGAGGAGAAGGAGGAGGAGGAGGAGGAGGAGGAGGAGGAGGAGGAGGAGGAGGAGGAGGAGGAGGAGGAGGAGGAGGAGGAGGAGGAGGAGGAGGAGGAGGAGGAGGAGGAGGAGGAGGAGGAGGAGAACCCCGCGGAGCCAGCCCGUACCCUGAGACAGAGAACCAUCGUCGAUGCCCUCUCUUACCCAGCCGUCGUUGCUAGUACCCGCUACCCUCUCUUACCCAUCCGUCGUAGCUGCCCUCUCUUAUGUGCCCGUCAUCGUCGCUGCCCUCUCUUACCCAGCCGUCGUUGCUAGUACCCGCUACCCUCUCUUACCCAUCCGUCGUCGCUGACCUCUCUUACGCACCCGUCGUCGUCGCUGCCCUCUCUUACCCAGCCGUCGUCGAUGCCCUCUCUUACCCAGCCGUCGUUGCUAGUACCCGCUACCCUCUCUUACCCAUCCGUCGUAGCUGCCCUCUCUUACUUGACAGCAGCGGAAAAGCACAUGGGGGAACGAGAACGGCGGUUUAAGGAGAGCCAGUCAGUGUUGGUCGUCAGUGGCGGUGGCUGUGGCCUUUGAGUUCACCCAAAGGUCGUCAGUGGCUGCGGCUGUGGCAGUUGAGUUCACCCAAAGGUCGUCAGUGGCGGCGGCAAGGCUGCAAGAAAUAGCUUCGCAUGGAUUUGCGCCCGCAGAAGGAUGCGGAUUUGGAGAAUCAAGUAGCGUGCCUCACUGACCAGCUGGCUAGGGAGUGCAGACAGGCCGCUCUAGUCUCUGUGGAGCUGCAAGCAACUAAGGAGAAGCUGAAACGGCUGGAGGACUCAGUUGCGGAGAAGGACGCCAUCAUUGCUGAGAAGAAUGAUGUUAUCUCGGAGAAAAACCCUGUUAUUCUUGAGAAAAACGCCCUGAUUAAGGCGAGGAAUGCCGUUAUAUUGGAACUCCAAGUUGCUGCCAGAGCAGCAAACGCUCGAACGACUGAGUCUUGGAGCAAAGGCCAGGAGCUUAAAGAUACCGUCACAGCG